UUCUAAUCUAUCUAAUAAAUAAGUUUAAACAGAAAAUAAGCAUCAAUAACAUGCGCACGUGCAGUUACUCAUAUUUCACUAAUAAAACAAUAUGUGAAAAACCUGUUGAUUAACAAUGUCUAUGCUAUAUGCAGUUGAAGACAAAACGCAUUAAAACAUUCACAACUUUAUUUGCAUAAUAAAUAUGGCAAUAUUUAGAAAAAUAUUUUUUCAUAAAAGAUUUCGUCUUGUUAUCUGUCUUAUAAUUGGGAUAUAUCUAAUGAUGUCUACGCCGUUUUGGAUGGAACUUUCUGCAACACUUUUUGCUGACAUUAUGGAGAGUGUCACCAGGAAAAAAGUUUCAGAUGUUGUUAAUGUUAUCAGGACAGACAAUUUUCUAUCAACUAACGUUUUGCCAUCGUUUAAAAGAAUUUAUUCACUGGAAUCUAGAAUACUUCAAAACAAAGCUACAUAUUCCAGAAUACCACAUCCAAGACAAGUGGAUGUAAAAGAAAAUAAUGUGCUUUUAAAACAGGACGUCGAAAGCGAUGUAAGUGACAUAAAUGAAAAUUUUUGUACUGAUAAAAGUAAAUGGAGUAAAAUACUUUCUGAACGUCUAGGAAAAGUUACUUCAAAUAUGAAAAACUGGACUUUUGACAAAACUGUAGAAUGCCCAUAUCUAAAUAUAAGUGAAAUAAAACAUUUGAAACCGACACGCAAGGGCUCGCUUAACUGUAACAUAAGCGAAGAUGUGUUCCUAAAUGUGACUUGGACAAACGAUAUUUACAUUGCGUCGUUUUACGAUGAUUGUGUAGAUAUGUUUAUAACUGAUUGCUGUAAAGGAAAUUCCCGCGUACCGCGUAUUGUCCACUAUGUCUGGUAUAAGAGAGGAGAAUUAAGUUUUGUGGGUUUUACCAGUUUUCUCAGUGUUAUUCGUUUUGUUAAGCCUUACGCUAUAAUAUUCCAUGGAGACAGUCUCCCCUUCGGUUCAUACUGGGACUUCAUUGUCAAUAUGUCACCAGCUAUCAUUCAUCUCAAACGUGAACCUCCGGAGUAUAUCGCAGCACAAAAGAUAAAGCACAAAGAACAUGCCAGUGACAUAAUGCGCAUAGAAGCUCUGUUAAAGUAUGGUGGGAUAUACAUGGAUACAGACACACUAAUCGUAAGGUCCAUAGAACCAUUAAUGAAUUAUUCAUGUGUAAUGUCAAACCAGAGUUCCGGUUUAAUGGCUUCAGCGUUUGUAAUGGCUGAGAAAAACGCGUCGUUUCUUCAGUUAUGGAUGGAUGGUUAUCGAUUUCACUACAAUCCUUCGAAUUAUUACUACAAUGCAAUGGUAUACCCUUCGAAGGUAGCUCGUGACCAUGUGGACUUGAUUCACAUAGAGUAUGCAAAAGUUUCCCGACCAGUUGAUAUGAUCGGUUGGAAAAUAUAUAACAAUACAUAUGCCUCAUACAACUGGUCGCACAUAUACGGGAUACACUUAUAUAGCAGAAUAUAUAGGAAGCCAUUCAAUGAGUAUACAAUACGGACUAUGAAUACUACAGCAGGAUCGAUCUGCCGUCAUAUUUUAUUUGGCAAUAAAGAACUCUGUAACUCAUUAAUUGAUCAUAAUUAUAUUAGGUAAAAAAGAACUCAGUAGCUCAUAAUUUCAUGUUAUAUUUAGCAGUAACCUUUGUUACUAUUAAGGCCAUGCUAUAUUUGGCAAUAAAGAGCAUAGUAACUUAUUAAAAAAUGAUGCAUUUGGCAAUAAAUAUCUCUGUUAUUACUUAGGGCAAAUACAUAGUUUUGUAACUAGUAAAGUAAUGUUAAGUUUAAGUAAAGAGAUCUGUAACUAAUUAGGUCAUAUAAAGAGCUCUGUAUCAAAUUAAGCAGUAUUACAUUUGGCAAUAAAGAACUCUGUGCGUAAUUCGGCCAUGUUACUUUUGACAAUAAACCUUCCUGUUUCUAA